AUGAAUUAUCCUGAAACUAAGUAGUAUAGGAGAUUGACAUUUUGGAAAUGCAUGGCUGUGACCACCUUUUCCUACGCUGUCAGCAAGACAGCCACUGCUCCUCUAGAAAGAGUCAAACUCAUCCUACAAGUCAGUCCCAUUCUUAAAUGCGAAGACAAGAUUGAUCGAACUUGGUCAGGAAUCAAAUAGAUCUACAAAACCCAAGGCUUGUACUCCUUCUGGAGAGGCAACGGUCUCAAUGUAAUUAAGACCAUUCCUAAUGCUGCAAUACGAUUUACUGUUUAUGAUAAAUUCAAAUAAUAUGUUUCCGAAUAUCGACAAAAAGAGAAUUACACAAGACAAGUGACAAACAGAUUGGUGGCAGGAUUUUGCACUGGCCUACUUAAUCAACUGAUACAUUAUCCCCUUGAAGUCUUACGUGUUAAAUUGACUGUCGAUAUGAGUCAUUUCAACAAGGCUCGUCUGUACAAUGGAAUCUUUGAUUGUCUCAAGAAGACCCUCAAAACUCAAGGGUUCUCAGCUUUGUAUCAGGGAUUCAUCCUAUCUUCUUGCGGCACUGUACCAUACUUGGGAAUCAGUUUUCUUGUCCAUGAUCAAUUAAAAGACCUCGUACCAAUAGAAAAUAAGUCCGAAUAGAUCUGGAUGCAGUUGGCACAAUUCAUUGGAAUCGGAUCCAUAUCAACCAUCACUGCAACUGCACUCACAUAUCCCAUUGAUACCAUACGUAGAAGAAUUCAAAUCAACGGGUCUUUGGGAGCCUAAAGAGCAUAUGUUUCAUUUUCUGAUUGUGUAAAAAAGAUGAGAAAAGAAGGAUUGUUGUCUUAUUACAGAGGAUUCUGGAUUACACUCGUUAGAGUAGUUCCAGCUGCUACCAUUCAAUUUGGUUGUUUUGAUUAUUUAAGAGAGUUAUCUACAUGA